AUGGAAGCCAAACUAAGGGUUAAACAGUUCAAAGUUUUUGGGCUAGCUCUUGAAAAGAAUAUGCUGCUGCUGACUUCUAGAUUGCGGUUGCAAUUGUUUCGGUUCGUAAUUGCAUUAGUUUUAGUCUUUAGCUAUGUGGAAAAUGGGAGUGUGGGUUUAACAAGCACUUUUGUUCGCAAGCAAUGGUCAGCGGCUGAUAUUCCUCUUGGCGAUGAAGUAUUUGCAAUUCCAAAAGGUUAUAAUGCUCCACAGCAAGUGCACAUCACUCAAGGUGAUUAUGAUGGGAAGGCUGUAAUAAUCUCUUGGGUUACACCUGAUGAACCGGGUUCUAAUACUGUAAAAUAUGGCACAUCGGAUAAGAGAUAUGAUUUUAGUGCUGAGGGCGUUGUUACUAACUACACCUUUUACAAAUACAAGUCUGGCUACAUUCAUCACUGUCUUGUUGAUGGGCUUGAGUAUGACGCCAAGUAUUACUACAAGAUCGGAGAAGGUGACUCUUCUCGUCAGUUUUGGUUUCGAACACCCCCAGAGAUUGAUCCGGAUGCUUCCUACACAUUUGGAAUUAUUGGUGAUUUGGGUCAAACAUAUAAUUCCCUUUCCACUCUCGAGCAUUACAUGCAGAGUGGGGGACAGACUCUUUUAUUUGCUGGUGAUCUCUCUUAUGCUGAUAGAUAUCAAUACAAUGAUGUUGGAAUUAGAUGGGAUUCAUGGGGCCGUUUUGUUGAGCGAAGUGCUGCAUAUCAACCAUGGAUUUGGUCAGCUGGGAACCAUGAGAUUGAGUACAUGCCAGACAUGGAGGAGGUCCUUCCAUUUAAAUCAUUUCUGCAUAGAUUUGCUACACCUCAUACAGCCUCAAAGAGCACCAAUCCUCUUUGGUAUGCUAUACGCCGUGCAUCUGCUCACAUCAUUGUCCUCUCCAGCUAUUCUCCAUUUGUGAAGUAUACUCCUCAAUGGAGGUGGCUUAUAGAAGAAUUGACAAGAGUCAACAGGGAGAAAACACCUUGGCUCAUUGUUAUCAUGCAUGUUCCCAUCUACAACAGUAAUGCAGCCCACUAUAUGGAAGGUGAAAGCAUGCGUGCUGUCUACGAAAGCUGGUUUGUCAAAGCCAAAGUCGACUUCAUUUUCGCUGGUCAUGUUCAUGCCUAUGAAAGAUCAUAUCGUAUCUCAAAUAUACAUUAUAACGUGUCAACUGGUGACCGUUAUCCUGUUCCUGACAAAUCAGCACCAGUGUACCUAACUGUUGGAGAUGGGGGAAAUCAGGAAGGUCUUGCUGGGGGGUUCUUGGACCCACAACCAGAAUACUCUGCAUUCAGAGAAGCUAGUUAUGGUCAUUCUACCUUGGAGAUCAGGAACAGAACACAUGCAUUCUACCAUUGGAACAGAAAUGAUGAUGGAAAGCCUGUAAGAACCGAUUCUGUAAUUUUCCACAACCAAUACUGGGCAAGCAAUCUGCAUAGAAGGAGACAUCUCAAGGCUAGGGGACAUAUGGAUCCGAAGAAGAGUAUCAGAUUCCGCAAAACCCUUAUCAGCUCAGCUCUCACGUAUACUAGCCCUAUCUCCGAGGUCCAGAAAGAGGGGCCAGCAGUAACUACUGAGAAAGGGAAGAUGGAGUUGGGUUCCAUGUGGAGUUAUGAAGAGACCAUUGAUGAAUUGAAGCAGAAGCUUGUGUACGCCACCAUUGAAUUAGAGUCACUGAAAGUUGAAGCAAACGAAGAACUGAGAAAGCACAACGAGGAUGUGGAGCAAUUAAUCACCAUGCUAAAGGUUGCUUCCCAAGAAAGAGAUGAGGCCAAAGCUCAACUGCAAAAACUACUUAACAAUCUGAUCCUUUCUAAACCUACUGAAUUACUGCCAAUUCUUCCUCAAGCACAAUCUGGAAACCCCCUUGUAAUUUCAGCUCAGGGGAACUCGAGCGUUACUGAAUCUAACAGUCUAUCUGAUACACAUAAUCACAAAUCACAUGGCUCCUCUCCAGUGGAUUCCUUCUUUGAUGCAAUUGCUUCACCAGAUUUCUCUAGCAUUAACAUGGCAGAAUCAAGUCAGAUGGGGUUUGGGAGAAGCACAUUUGUUCAAGAGUGUAAUAAAGGCUCCAUGUCAGCAGGUUUGGUGGCUCCGGCAGUGGCCAGGAUAGAUCCGGUCGAUGCUGUAAUCGACAAUUUUGUGAAAGGAAAAGUGCUGCCUCAAAAGGGAAAGUUGUUGCAGGCUGUAACGGAAACAGGCCCUCUUCUUCAAACACUACUUCUUGCAGGCCCCCUUCCACGGUGGAGGAAUCCGCCUCCACUGCGGCCGUUAAAGAUCCUACCUUUUUCCAUCAGUAAUCAGAAUACAGCGGCAAAUGCAAGCUCUCCUGCUCAAACCCCACUGGCUUCAUCAUCGUAUAUUGAGUUGCGUCGUGGAUCUUCAAAAACAUGUUCUUCCAUGUUAAAUUUUGCUAGCGGUGGUUCUGGUUCAGAUCUAGACAAUGGAUGGCUGUUAAAUUUUGAUGGUAUCCAUCAAAUCCCAGCAGGAAAGCGCCAGAGGGGGUUUCUAGGUUUGGGUUUCCUUGAUUUGAGUGGAAGAAGGAAGGAAGAUGCAUUUGAUUUGUUUGAUAAAUUGUCUGAAAAGAAUUGUUCUCCUAAAAUUCUUUGA